UUUUAUUGUUGUUUUAUUAAUUUAUGACAGUUAAUUAAAACUUAACCAGUAGUUUCAUUUAGUUUAACUAUAAUAACCUUGCUUUUAUAUAUACAAAAUUAUAAUCAUAAGUCAGUGGGUGUGGAGUGUGGUUUACUGUUGCUUUACCAGUCUCAACUUUUCGAGGUAUCUGGGAACAUCUCCCCGUUUAACCAUUAAUUGCAGACACACAUGAUAUAUACAUUCUGUGGUUUUACCACAAUAAUGUUCAAGUAAGUAUGGUUGAAUAGGUUUUAGUAGAAAAACCGCCGGAUUAUGACUCUAGCUUUAACUCUAGCUCAGAUUUAGCUUUGCAGAGUCAACAGACCCAAAUGGAUUUUGGCUUUGAGGACAUACCAUCAAAUUUUCAGUACACUCCCAAGAAAGGGUGUGAAGUCUCACGGAUGACAGAAGACACAGACUGUGAUUCAUCAAGGGGGGAAUCUUCAAGUGUGAGCGUGACUGAGAUUCAAGAGCACCAUAGCAGCUCAAGGACAGAUGAUAUCAGCAGAAAGGCGCAGGAAUCGGUGGAAAAGAUUAACCAAAGCCGCAUCAGUAACCAGAAAAUGAUAGACAGCUUUCAGGAGAAGUUGGUAGAAAAGGUGACAGAUUUGUGCAUGCAGAUGAAGGAGCACAUGUACAGGGUCUAUGAAGAGAACAGUGACAAGAUGCAGGUGAAUCUGCAGGAGCUGCAGGAGGUGCUGGAGAGCUGCACAAAGUUCAGUCAUGAGCUGCUGGAAGCCAACAGAGCCCUGGCAUGUCUCCGUGAAGGAGACAUGCCAUGAGAUUAUAAUUUCUAUCUGAAGUUAAUCGUAUUGUGAACUCAUUAAGUUAUUCAGAAUUAGUAAAUAUAUUGAGUGUAAUGUUCAGUGUUUUGCUUCCUCUUUCUCUUGGUUGCUUAUAGGACAAUAGUUCUGCUUAACACUGAUGGCUUCAGUCCAGGGAUAGAAAAGUUCAAUACAUGUUUUCUCUCUCUUUUGUUUUAACAUCAGUUGAUUUAGUAAAUAAAAUGACAACAAACAAGCAAAA